AUGACAUCAAAUGCCCCAUUGGAGUUCGAGGUUGUCCCGGAGAUCGGCCUCAAACACUCCACUAUUCAUUUCAUUCUUGGAACUCCACUCAAUGAUGUGAUGGCUCUUCUACAACAGAACUCACGACUCAUCCCCAAUGUCGACUUUCUUUACUCGAAAAAGAAUCCAUUUUUUGAUGACAUCCAAAUUCGACUCGUCAAAUCUGGCAUCAAUCUCUUUUUUGAUGGUCGAACUCAACUUUUGAAGUUGCUCGAAGUGGACGCGUUGAGCUCGAUUGUGCUCAAGUACAAUGGCAAAAUCUUCUCGGAACCCUCGGCUGAAGCGACAAUGGAACGUGUUGGCACUUUUUUCGCGAGUACUCAUCCAGGAGCGUAUGACGAACGACAAAAGAUGUAUGUCCAAUCGUGGCGAGGGCUCUCAUUUUGCUUCCCCACAACGAACAGCUCAAAUGUCGAGAUUACGCCCGGUUUCAGUCCCAGUUUACAUAGUCUUCGCUACGAUGCAAGUUCUCAGCCAAAACUCACAAAAAUGAGCAUCUUCAAGGGGACAAUUGGUGGAAAUAAGGAAGAAGACGAAUUGAUUGUCCCACUAGCUUCAUAUUGUGGCCAAAAUCGAACAAUCCUUGCCGAUGUGCUUGUCGAUAUGGGAAGAGUUGUCGGAUGCUCAUUCAACUUUUUAACUCAAAAUGGAGAGGCGGCUCCCGAUCGAACCUCGCAAGCCGAUUUGGAGUUGAUCGAGGUGACAAGAGAGAUUCGAUUUGGAGACUCUUCAGCGUCGGUAAUGUGUGCGCUUGGCGCUCCGUCGCGUGUUUUCUACAAAUCCGAGGACAAAAUGAUCAUUCAUCGAUCGGUGGGAAAAGAUGGACGGAAUGAACCAGAUUUCUUCUUUAAUUACUUCUCGAUGGGAGUGAUUGUACGUUUUUUUUUUGAAUCAACAAAGCUUUCCACUGCUCAC